UAAGUUAUUUAUUUACUAUUAUUAUUAUUUUAUUUUUUAAUUCGAACCCAGCGCUUGUUGUGAUUGUAACCGCUGUUACAAUUGUCUACUCUUUCUAUUCUCUUCUCUCUCACUCACUCUUUCCUUCGCUCUUUCUUCAGAUCUCUUCUCCGAUAUCAGGUAUAGCAUGUCGAUGGAAGUUACUCAGGCACUUUUGAAUGCUCAAUCAAUUGAUGGAACUGUACGUAAGCUCGCUGAAGAAAGUCUGCGGCAAUUUCAGGAGCAAAACCUUCCUGGUUUCUUGGUCUCUCUUUCUGGAGAGUUAGCAAAUGAAGAAAAACCAGUUGAUAGUCGCAAGUUGGCAGGUUUGAUACUUAAAAAUGCAUUGGACGCCAAGGAUGAAAACAGAAAACGGGAAUUGGUUCAGAGAUGGUUGUCAUUGGAGACCGCAGCAAAGGCCCAGGUUAAGGCAUGCUUGCUACAAACACUCUCUUCUCUUGUAGUUGACGCUCGGUCGACGGCAACUCAAGUUGUUGCUAAAAUUGCUGGUAUUGAGCUUCCACAUAAACAGUGGCCUGAGCUGAUAGGAUCACUUUUAUCAAAUAUUCAUCAAGUUCCUGCUCAUGUCAAGCAAGCAACUUUGGAGACUCUGGGGUAUUUGUGUGAGGAAGUAUCUCACGAGGUUGUUGAACAAGACCAAGUAAAUAAAAUUCUUACUGCUGUAGUUCAAGGUAUGAAUUCAUCUGAAAAGAACAAUGAUGUCAGACUUGCUGCUACUAGGGCAUUGUAUAAUGCUCUUGGAUUUGCACAGGCCAAUUUUAGCAAUGAUAUGGAGCGUGAAUAUAUCAUGAGAGUUGUUUGUGAGACAACUAUGUCUCCUGAAGUGAAAAUACGACAGGCAGCUUUUGAAUGUUUGGUCUCAAUUGCUGCCAUGUAUUAUGUAAAAUUGUCUCCUUACAUUCAGGAUAUAUAUAACAUCACAGCAAAGGCUGUUAGGGGUGAUGAGGAGCCUGUUGCUCUCCAGGCCAUUGAAUUCUGGAGUACGGUUUGUGAUGAGGAGACUGAUAUCUUGGAAGAAUAUGUUGGCGACACCACUGGGGAUUCUGAUUUACCUUGUUUUUAUUUCAUUAAGCAAGCCCUUCCUGCACUCAUCCCUCUGCUGUUGGAAACAUUACUCAAACAAGAAGAGGAUCAAGAUCUGGAUGAAGGUGCAUGGAAUAUUGCAAUGGCAGGUGGUACAUGCCUUGGUUUAGUUGCUCGAACAACGGGAGAUGAUAUUGUGCCUCUGGUAAUGCCCUUCAUCGAGGAGAAUAUUACCAAACCUGAUUGGAGACAGAGGGAAGCAGCCACAUAUGCGUUUGGCUCUAUCUUGGAGGGCCCUUCUCCAGACAAACUCAUACCCCUUGUCAAUCAUGCUUUACCUUUUAUGCUCAGUGCUUUAGUGAAAGAUCCGAGCAACCAUGUUAAAGACACCACUGCUUGGACUUUGGGGCGAAUGUUUGAAUUUCUUCACAGUUCAAUUAUUGGCACACCAAUUAUUAAUGAGGGAAAUGCCCAACAGAUUAUUACAGUUCUCCUUCAAAGCAUGAAGGAUGUCCCUAAUGUUGCUGAGAAAGCCUGUGGAGCCCUGUAUUUUCUUGCCCAGGGUUACGAGGAUGUGGGACAAACAUCUCCCAUUACUCCCUUUUUCCAGGAAAUUGUUCAAGCGCUUCUCACUGUUACCCAUAGAGAGGAUGCUACAGAAUCACGAUUAAGAGCGUCAGCAUACGAAACAUUGAAUGAAGUAGUAAGGUGUUCAACAGAUGAAACAGCUCCUUUGGUUUUACAACUAGUUUCUGUCAUCAUGAUGGAGCUACACAAAUGUCUUGAAGCACAAAAUCUUUCAUCUGAUGAAAGAGAAAAACAGAGUGAACUUAUAGGCCUUCUUUGUGGAUGCUUGCAAGUGAUUAUUCAGAAGCUAGGGUCUUCAGAACCUACCAAAUAUGUUUUCUUGCAGUAUGCUGAUCAGAUAAUGGGACUAUUCAUCAGGGUUUUUGCUUGUAGAAAUGCCACUGCACAUGAGGAGGCCAUGCUAGCUAUUGGAGCCCUUGCCUAUGCAAUAGGCCCUGAUUUUGCUAAAUACCUGCCAGAAUUUUACCAGUUUCUGGAGAUGGACCUUCAGAAUUUCGAGGAGUACCAAGUUUGUGCUGUAACUGUUGGUGUAGUAGGCGACAUAUGCAGGGCAUUGGAGGAUAAAAUACUGCCUUACUGUGAUGGGAUUAUGACACAACUUCUCAGAAAUUUGUCUAGUGAUAACUUGCACCGUUCUGUAAAGCCGCCAUUAUUUUCAUGCAUUGGUGAUAUAGCACUUGCUAUAGGAGACAACUUCAAUAAGUACUUAAUGUAUGCAAUGAACACACUACAAAUUGCUGCAGAGGCUUAUGCCCACACAUCUGCCUUUGACUUGGAAAUGACAGAGUACAUUAACUCUCUGAGAAAUGGGAUAUUAGAGGCAUAUUCUGGGAUCUUCCAAGGUUUUAAGAAUUCAUCGAAAACCCAGCUCUUGAUUCCCUAUGCUCCCCACAUCCUCCAGUUCUUGGAUAGCAUAUACAUGGAAAAAGACAUGGAUGAUGUGGUUAUGAAAACUGCCAUUGGAGUCCUUGGAGAUCUAGCUGAUACACUUGGAAGCAAUGCUGGUUCUUUAAUUCAACAAUCUUUGUCAAGCAGGGAUUUCUUAAAUGAAUGUUUGACCUCGGAUGACCAUAUGAUUAAAGAAUCUGCUGAAUGGGCCAAGUUGGCUAUCAAUCGUGCUAUAUCUGUUUGAGGUUCUUCUCAGUUAGCAUAUCCUUUGUCAUAGACUACUUGCAUGCAUUUGGGUGUGUCGAGGUGGGUCGUGGGAUUGCAUGUGUCACAUUGUCUCCAUGGUCAGACAACAGAAAGGUAUCUAUUUGAAGGCCUUCAAGUUGUCACUAACUCUUGCAUCAUCUCCAAUGCAUCACUGACCUUUGCAUGAGCACCAUUGAGUCCAGUACGUUCAAGAAUGCAUCACUGACUUUUGCAUCAGCACCAUUGAGUCCAGUACGUUCAAGAAUGCAUCACUAACUUUUGCAUGAGCACCAUUGAGUCCAGUACUUUCAAGAGGAAGAAGUUAGCGACAAGAUUACAAAUGUGGGUUUAGAUCUUCAUGAGGAGUGUUAGUUGAAUGGCUGAGCUGCCGAGGGAAGGCAACUGAUUCAUGACUGAGAAACUACUGCACUCAUAGUCAGGCUUGGAUGCUGAGUUUAAAGUUGAGAUAAACCCGUUCUAUGCUAAAAAUGAUUUUUUGCUGAUCUGGUCGUGGGUUAUUGGAAUAGAUGAACUCCUAGGGUUGAAUUGGUUUUUGUCAACACCAUCCAAGUGCUUUGUUUCUAGAUAUUUUCUUCCGUUUUCUGACUUUUAACCCUGCAUCAUAUUGAGUCAUUUUUUUCAUCACCUCACUGUGUAUCCCUAGGCAGUUUAUCAUCCAUAUUUCUUUUUCUGCACAUACCUGCUUUUCUAUUGUGAGUCAUUUGUGAUUGGUUGACCCAGGACGGGAAAAGUUAUUUCCUACUUGCAUUAUGCAUUUCUAUUUUGAUGUCAUUUGGUUUAUUAGGUCAAAAUCAUUUUGAAUUCAUGCAAUCAUCAAACCUUCUUUAUAUCUUUGUUUUGAAUUGCGUAUGUAAAAUCAUAUAUUGGCUAUCCCUGUGGAUUGGUACAAAAGAUGGUAGGAUUUAUUGUGACAAGAUCAAAAGAACCAACUGAAUGUGGUGGAUUGCUGUUUCUCUUGUUGGAAGGCAGUCAUCUGCGUUUAAAGCCUUUACUUGAUAUCUUUCCUGUGUCUAUAAAAAUUUGUGAAUUUUGGUUUGUUCGGGCAUUUUAUCAUGUGUCCUGUAUACCUUAUUAUGGUUUGGUGAUAUAAUUUUUUUUUGAUACUUCCAUAAGAUGAAAUUGUAUAAUUUUGUUUUAUUACUUUCAUAGGCAGUCUCUGUUUGGAUAUUUUCAUGUUUCCUUGCAUUAUGUACCAUUAGUACUUGAAACAAAAUUCAUUAGUAGUUAUACGAA